AUGCCUUCAACAGAUAUCAUAGCGGAUCUGAUCUCUCUCACUGAGCGAGCGCUUAAGGAGACAGUUGAGAAGUUUGGCUAUCAGCUAGCUCUGCGGUAUGGCGUACAACUCAGGGAAUAUCUUGAGUCUCCUCACCUCCUGGACACCCACCUCGCCCAACUGGCAGAGCCUCUAGUCGCACACUUGCAGAAGGAUAUUGAAAAGGGAGCGAUAUCGCAGCCAUGGCUCUACACUAUGCUAUAUCUAUUGAUAGAAGUGAGACAGCUUUCUGCCGUAGGACGCUACUUCCCUAACAGUGUCACGCACCUGGAGCCCUGCAUCCACUUACUCUCCCGCUGGUAUGGCUGGGAUGCUAAAAAGCUUUCUAUCGCCAGUCUCGACAAGAAUAAUCCAGAAACAGACCCUUCUGAAAUCACUAUCCCAUCGUUCAACGAUGUUUACGAUGAGAAGGAUGUUUCUUCUAAUGCAAAACAGCAAGUUGUGUCUGUGCUCUUUGCAUCUCUUUCCAUCCUGGUUGGAGUACCAUUUGAUAUCCAUCUUGUAGACAGUAGCGGUACCUUACCAGACACCGUCGUCACACUCGCUAAGCAAGCAUUUGAAUCCAUGGGCAAGGAAUACAUUAUUGCGGCCGAAAUGCUGGCACGCUUUGUUACGCGCCCGGAUCUCAGAGACACUCUGCUCCCCUCUAUUCUAGAGGAGUUCAAUGUGCAGCUAAGAGAAUACACUGCUGAAAUUGUCCGAAACAAAGAUUGCGUUGCGCCUAUCCUUAGGCGGGGAAGGGACACAACUGUCAAUCGAACUCCUGCAUACUUGAUCACCCUGAGCUACAUAGUACGAUUUUCUGAGCGUGACCACAUUAGGCUGCUUGGAGAUAGCAUUAUAAAGACACCGGAGCAUACUCUGUCCAUAUUACUCAAGGAUGAUAGCAGAGAGAUUAGAAGAUUGUGCAUUGUGCUAUCGACUAGAUUAGCAUCAAUGUAUCUUCCAACUCAGCCUUUUAGAUGGCGCAAACAACUCCUAGAUGCUGAAGCAGAAGGAAUUCUUUUACACCAUGAGAAGUUGCUCGAGCUGGAGGGCUUCUAUGUCCCUCCGUCUUUUGACUACUUCAUAGACUCCCUCCUGGUCGGUAUUUCAGAUGAUGACACCGGCAUCCGUCUAUCUUCUGCCCGAGGCCUUGCUCUUGUUGUGGGUCGGCUCCCUUUUCUAUUUGCUGACGAAGUUAUUGUCGAGAUACUAUCCUACUUUUCACCGGCAGAGACACCAGAAACGUGGCAUGGGGCAAAUAUGGCCUUAGGAGAGCUUAUAAGACACGGCUAUUUACCCCCCAGCAGAAUACCAGAGGUUUUUGAUGUGACGAAAAAGUCUCUUCGAUUUGAGCGCAAAAAGGGGGCAUGGUCCAUUGUGAAGGACUCUGCAUGCUUUGUCUCUUGGGCACUGGCACGGGUCUACUCCUCCUCUGUGCAGCUGCGUGACGUCUGCUCGGAACUAGCCUCGGAGCUGCUUGUGGUUACCUGCUUUGACAGAGAAAUUAACCUCCGCCGCUCAGCUGCUGCUGCCUUUCAGGAGCUUGCGGGCCGUGUUGGUGAUCCAUACGUCCCUUCGGCUGUACUAUCUUCAGCGCUGGUCGACUACUUUUCUUUGGGCGCCCGAAAGAUCAGCUACAUGGAGAUUGCCCCUCGAUUAGCUGCCUUGGAUAAGUCUUAUGCAGAAAAUUUUGUCGGAGCCAUCUGUGAUAGAUAUCUUGUCCAUUGGGAUGAUGCUAUUCGAGAUUAUGCUGCACGCGCUCUACCCCUGCUAAUACAGGCUCUAGGUGGGGCAGAGGAUAGGUGCGGUUGCGCCCUCAGGAUCAUCGGCUUUUUAGUGGACUGUCUUAAAGACACCUCCUGCGAAGAUGACUGGGUCUCAUACUGUGGUUUUAUUCUUGGUAUUGCAAACAGUCUCACUCUCCUGGCUGAUUCUGAAGAUUCUCGUGCUUCAGAAGCUAAUAACUUAAUUCUUCAAUUGUCGACUAUGCAAUCCGAAUUGUUUGCAAGGGGAAAGCGCUUUAGGGACAACGCCGAUGCAAAUACUAGUAUCAUAAGUGCUACCGCUCUCUUGAUCAAGGCUUUUGCAAGUACAAAUCCGAAUCUCACAGGCGGAACUAUCCUAAAUAAGCACAUAUAUUCCGUAUACUUGCUCUAUUUGCUAUCCGUUUUAGAGCAUUCUAUAACCUCUACCAUAGAUAGCAUGUCAAUUGCCAUGUUUGAUACGUCUAACACGAAUGACGUUAUUCUGGCGCUACGUGCUCUGGCAGACUAUUAUACGGCGUCUAUGCGGGUCACAGCCGAAAGAACUACUUCUGCACAUGUUAUGCGGGAUACAGCAAACACGGUAUCUCCUCUUUCAAAUGAGUUUUUCAAAGAUUGUCUGGAAAACACAGACUUUAGAUCUCAGCUCGCAUAUCUGACCGGUUUAGGGCUUCUUCCGGCCUCUUUUCGACGCGAAGAAGUCAGCUACAUUUUGAGUGCAAUAUUAACGGAGUUGGAUAAGGGGAUUUCUCCCUCUGGCUAUGUUCUACGCCUGUAUAUCCUUUCCACCGUUGAAAGCACCCUGUUGGCUCUUGACAAUAUUACUGAUGCACAGAAGCAAUCCUUCUUGAAGAUUUUCAAUGUAUGCCUUCACGAUUACAGUUCUAGUCAACGAGGAGACGUAGGGAGUCUGGUACGGCUAAAGGGCUUCCGGAUCUUGCGUAGCGUGUUGCGUAAAAACGGUUGUGUCACCGCAUUUCUUAGCGAUACCUAUAUUUGCGCAGUUAUAGAAUUUCUUGGCAGCAGAAUUGAUAUAAUGAGGAUUGACUCUCUCAUCUCUUUCUAUGAAGAUUGUAAAGAUAGGAUUAUCUUCGUCCCUGGCAUCAAUCUGGAUCACCUGGAGUGGUACAUGCAGGACUACAUUGCAGAAAAGAAGAUCGUGUCCCAGAUGAAGGAGCAAGCUCGUCGAGAUCGGCAAGAGCGGGAAGAGAUAGAUUCCAACAACUAUUUGUACGACUUACACAAACGCGAGUCUCGCGAUGAUGACCCCUUAGAUGAUGAUUCUACCGUCAAUUUGUUGACCCUCGUGCCAAGAUUGGCUCAUACCGCACUUAAUGUUCUGGUUGUUCUUUUUAUGGGCCAUGAGAGCUAUACGGGCAUGGCAGCAGCAGCAUUCUCCUAUUCCUUCGGCGUCAUGUCAGAGACGACAUCCACGUAUCUUGUUAACUUUCUUUCUGAAAUAUUCGACAAGUCAAAGAAGAAGAUUCUGCUCACAGGCUCCACGUCAAACCGAAUUCGCAUGCCUGACGAUCUUAAGCUAAGGCUUCUGUCCUUGGGUGAGAUAGCUAAGAUGGCUCUUUACGAUAUGAUUACUAAGACUGUACAACGUUCCAAUCUGACAGAUUCAUAUUCUAUUAAUGUAACCGAUGCUUCAAUUAAGCUGCUAAACUUCCUUCUGAUUAGUCAUGUAGCUAUAGAGAGCGACUCAAAGCUCUUCGAACUCCUAGGCAACCUCAUAACUUUAGGCAAGGGGAUAUCGAGAAUUCAGAUACUUCAGGUAGUGGUGGCUUGCUUUGCUGGUGCCGGAAUCGUGGCGAAGCGGAGUGGAUACAUAAAAACAUAUGAGCGAGCCAUCAAGGGGCUUGUUCUUUUCCUUGGGCACAAGAUUAGCAGGCUACGGGACACAGCGUGUGACGGAAUUCUUGAGCUGUUACUUAUUACAUCUCCCCCGAAUGAUGCAACUGUGAAGCGAGCAGUGGAGAUCUUGACAUCUUACGAUUGGCCUGUUCUAACAACAACAGAAAUAAAUGGUGCACGCAAUGAGCUCUGCGAUGCUUUGGGAAUAGCGCCACCGCCCGAAAAGAAGUAG